GUCGGGACUGGAGCCGCGCGUCUCUUUCUUUCUGUCUCGCUUCUGGGAAGCGGCCGCACGGGCAGCGCGCCAUGAAGAUGAUGAGCUCCCCCUGGGCCCGCUUCUACUCCAACAGCUGCUGCAUGUGCUGCCAUGUCCGCACCGGGACCAUCAUCCUCGGCAUCUGGUACCUGAUCAUCAACUCAGUGGUUCUGCUGAUUAUACUGAGCGCCUUGACAGACCCUGGCCAGUACCACUUAACAACUGCUGAAUUGGGGGGUGACUUUGAAUUUAUGGACGAUGCCAAUAUGUGCAUCGCUACUGCGAUUUCUCUUCUCAUGAUUCUUAUCUGUGCAAUGGCCACAUACGGCGCAUAUAAGCAACAUGCAGCCUGGAUCAUCCCUUUCUUCUGUUACCAAAUAUUUGAUUUUGCACUCAACACCUUGGUCGCUAUUAGCAUACUUGUGUACCCAAGCACAAUUCAGGAUUAUGUGCAGCAACUGCCUGGUAAUUUUCCCUACAAGGAAGAUAUUAUGUCUGUCAAUCCCACAUGCCUAAUUGUGAUUAUUCUGCUUUUUAUAAGUAUCACCUUGGCUUUUAAGGCUUACCUGAUCAGCUGCGUAUGGAACUGUUAUCGAUACAUUAACAACAGAAACAACUCGGAUGUCCUGGUCUACAUUACUACUAAUGACACAGCGGACUGCUGAACAGGAGGGUUAGAAACUGCCUGAAGUUGACAACCUUGUGUGCUGCUGCCGCCCUAUGAUGAUCCUGCAAAUGGCGCUGCCAAAGAGCCCCCACCCCCUUAUGUGUCUGCAUGAGGAGCCGUGUGUGUGAGCGAGUGUGUGUGUGUGUGCGUGAAAUGUACCUAAAGAACAAAUAGCUUUACUUUUCACGACACCUGAGCAAUAGAUUCUUUCAUUUUUCAGGACAGGUGUAUUAUCUCCCAGGUUGUCUUUAUUGCUAUUUUGCUGUAGAUUAUUCAAAAGAAAAACCUAUUUGCCUAAAGCAGCAUUGAACUGGCUUGAGAACCAUUUUGAUUAGCUAAAGUGAUAAUCGUUGCAAUGUAGGUUUGUUUUGGGGUGGUUUUAUUUCACAUCUUCUCCUGCAAAUCUAGAAAAUAUAUAGGGGUAUAAACUGUAGAGUGGGAGUUUUGUUUCUCUUGUCUUCUUAAUUCCCGGAUCAUGCCUCAGGCCGUGACAUUGUCCUUUAAUCCACAAUCAUAAAACAAAACAGAAGGUGCCCUGAACAGUUGAGUUUAUAAUUAUUUCAUCAGGAAUAUAUGGGACCUUUUUAACCAGACUUCUCAGCUGUGGUAGCGAAAGCUUGUGUCUUCAAAGCUCAAAAUUUAACAAAGUGGAUAGCUACGCUGAGGUUUGAAGAAACAAAUUUUCAUCGUUCUACAGCAGAGCUGUGGUUGAAAACACAAUUCCUUUUAUAAAGGUCUAACUCAGCUAUUAAUAAAAAGGACAAGAUUGCUUUGAAUUGUGCUCUAAGCGCAAAGGAGCUUUCUGACUGGCUGAUCGCUCAGAAAUGUGGGCUGAUGCAGAGGGCAAAUGUGUGUAUUGGAGGAGCUCUGGGCAUCAAGAUUAGAUUGAACUUUUUACUACAGAAAUUUUGGCUCUUGCAAGCACUUUGACCUACUAACCCCCUGCCCUAGAAUAAUUGCCCUGUUCAGCUGUAAGUGAGACCACUGGCCCCUUUUUUUGCCCUUCCUCUUACCAGCGGUCUUAAUGUGGUUCUCCAGACCAAAACUCCCCUUUUUCAAGUCAACUCCAAAUCUGGAUCCCUAAGUGGCCUGGUCUGGGGACGUUGAAGUUGCACAGAUGUGGCUUUUUCAAGGCAUUGCAAAUCCUGCCUGCAUCCCUGUUGAUACUGCAACUAUUUUCUGUAACGGGAAGUCUAAUGUUAACAUCAGUGCCCCAUCCAUGCUAGGCCUGUUCACUUAGGAUGCUUGUAAGGAGUACAUCUCUCUCUAUAUAUAGAUGCACAUUAAAAUAGGGGUCUGUAUGUAUGUGUAAAGGAGAGAGAUGAAAAACAUGUUUCUGACACAUGACAUGGAUUGACAAAUACAUUUCCUACUGCUUUCAUCUGUGGCCCUAAGAUUAAUCAUAGGAAGCAGAGCUGGAAACAUGAUAGAGCUGCAGAGCACCACAUCAUGCAUUGUAUCAAGAUGGUGAACGUAGUCACAUCUAUGGCAAAUUAAUGUGCAAGUGGGAAAAAGGGGGGCAUAGUCUCAAUCCAGAUUAGAUUUAUUAUGGAAAUUCUUUGUUUCAGCCUUUGGCCAAGUGAUUCCUUCUCUUCUUAAGAUAGUUCUGAUAAUUUAUUUUGCCUGUUGAUGUAAUCCCAUCCGACAAUUGCAAACAAUGGGAAGAAACCACUUUGAAAUUUCUUUCUUUUCAGUGGAAGACAAGCAAGUGCAUAAACCUCCCAUUGGAAGCAGUGGUGAUUUUAAAAUGUUAAACUUUGUAUGGAUUGUGUGCAGUUUGAUUUAAGGCCAUGCCAUACGUUCUUUUGAGUCGUUGGGUCUGGUAAACAAUUAAUACCUCUUUGAGUAUCCAAAAUGUGAACCUUUUCCCAUGGGAGUCCGCUUGUAAAUAUAGCACUUUGGGGACCAUAUACUAAGGAACACACCAGUUGGGAUAAAUUAUUUCUCCCAGUUGUAUCUUUGGGCACAACUCUUUGUGCCCAUCAGAUAUAUGUAUAUCUAGCUUUCUGCUUAAGUGUGAGAAUAUUUGGUCCUCUUGUUUGCAUUUACAAACAUUCUAGUGAGAUUCAUUUGUUAGUGCCCUGUUAAGUAUUACUGUGAAUUAUUAGCAUUUCUAUAAGUGCUUUAACUUCAAAGCACUGCGCACUCGUUAUCUUCUAACCUUACAACAGCCCUGUAAGGUAGAUCAGUAUUAUUACCUUCAUGCUGCAGGUGUGGGGCUGAGACUAAGCGUGGCUUGCAUAAUGGCCAGCUAGUUUGUUCAUAGCAGAGUCAAACCUCACAUCAGGGACUUCCUGGCUUGUAUCCUAAGUCACUGGGAACCAAACUACAAAAUAAUGCUAGUUGCGUUUUUUAAACAAGCAUGCAUAUCCUGGCCAAUCUUACCUUUAAGAGAAGCCUCAGCAUGCUCCCAGCCCAGUCCAGAACUGUGCCACUUUUUUUUUUUUUU